AUGACGUCGGACAAACUAAUACACGCACGCAAUUUCUCUCACUUGUUUUCAGAUGAAGCACGUAGAAGAAAGCCAUCGCCCAUUAAGACAACUAUGGCGUAUUUCCAGGACCCCGAAGUAGUAUUUCUCGGUGCUGGAAUGCCACCGUCAGAGAUUUUCCCACUGAAGGCCAUGUCAAUUGAGGUACCCAGACCUCCUUUUGUUGGUGGGCUUGCUCGAUGUGAGGACACCAUGGUUGGCACACUUUCCAGAGAGCAAAAGGACUUGACUUUUGAUAAGGACGUGCCUUUGGCGCGCGCUUUGCAAUACGGCAAUUCACGCGGUCAAAGCGAACUGUUGAAUUUUUUGAAGGAGCACACCCGACUAUUCCACCACAUCCCAUACAAGGACUGGGACAUCAUUACUACGACAGGCUCGACGCAGAGCUGGGAUGCGUCGUUGCGCAUCUUUUGUAAUAAGGGCGAUACUGUGCUGCUGGAGGAAUAUACUUAUUCUUCCUCGGUGGAGGCUGCGGAAGCACAGGGACUCAACUGUGUUCCCAUGGCCAUGGAUGACGAAGGCAUAAUACCGGAGAAGUUGGAAAACCUCCUCGAGAACUGGACUGGCGUGUACCCGGGUACCCCUAUGCCUAAGCUCUUGUACACGAUCCCGACGGGUCAAAAUCCUACCGGCUGCACUCUGAGCGACAAUAGGAAGCCUUAUAUCUACAGUUUGGCUCAAAAGUACGAUAUGAUCAUUAUAGAGGAUGAACCUUAUUAUUUUUUGCAAAUGGAUCCAUAUUGCCCACAGGACCAACGCGAAGCAGCUACAAAUGCCGAAGCCAAAUCAAACGAAGCUUUUAUCAGGUCGCUGUCACGUUCUUUUCUGGAGCUAGAUAUAGAUGGAAGAGUUGUACGUCUAGACUCGGUGUCUAAAACUUUUGCGCCCGGCUGUAGAUUAGGCUGGAUUGUGGGAUCUAGACAUCUUCUGGACACGUAUUGGAACUUACACGAGGUUUCUAUUCAGUCGACCUGUGGCUUCGCACAAAGCAUCAUUAGUGGAAUUCUCAAUAGAUGGGGCCAGUGCGGUUAUGUGGAUUGGUUAAAGGGCUUGCGCCAAGAAUACACUCUCAAGAGAAAUUGGUGUUUGGACCAUUGUCACAAAUACUUACCUAGUAAAGUAGUAACAGUACCGCCUGUGUCUGCUGGGAUGUUUUUUAUGUUGCAUGUCGAUGCUUCUAAACACCCAGAGUUCCAAACCACUUUUCAAGGUAACAAGGCCCUUCUGGAACGAUACAUAUAUGAAAAGUGCGUAGCCGCUGGUGUGCUUCUUGCUUGUGGGUCGUGGUUUAAGGUGAAGUCACCUACGUCUGGGGUGGAAAAGGUUAAUGAUAACACCACCAUGUCUUUUAGAGGCACUUACGCAUCAGUUCCCCCAGACGCUAUGGUUAAGGGUUUAAGCAUUUUGGGCGAAACGCUGAAGAAAGAAUUUAAGUUGAUAUAG